AUGGCUUUGGUGAGCCUGUGCGGAUUCCUGACGAAUCUGUACUUGUUUCUCAAAAUCGUCACAAAACUGAACGCGGCCAGUGAGUUCACCAAAUUGUGUCUGGCCAAAACCGUUCCGAACAUGCUCGUGUGCGCCGCGUUCCUCGCCUGGUCGGUCCCAUUGAGCGCCCUUCAAGUGCCCGUCGAACACGUUCCCGUGUAUUUGAAUGUCCUAAUCGGACAGGUGAUGGGGUACGGUUGCUACGUGGCCGGCCCGUGCAUUCAACUACUUAUGGCCGUCAAUCGAUGGUUCUCGCUGUUCUUCCCGUUCCAAAAACUACCGGUUAACGGUUAUUCGAUCAAUUUUCUCUCACUUUUGACAGUGAUUCUUGUGGCUUCUGCGUUCACCGUCAAGGGUAUGAUUCCCAGUGAGUUUCAAAUUUUUCUACAAUACAAUAUCCAUAAACUUCCAGUCACCUGCGGUUUCUUCUACGACCCACAACACUUUCUGUGGACGUGCGAUGCGAAUGAGGCGUGUGCGACGGAAAUGGAAACGAUAAUAGCGAUCACAGUGGUCGGUUUGACUGUUCUCUCGAAUUCGAUGAAUCUGACCACUCUGCUGAAGUUGUGCUGGGAGAAAGUUGGAGGAUUGUCCACGAAUGCGAUGAGUCAUCGAAGGAAGAAGCGGAUCCGGUUUUUUGCGCAGGUAUCUCAGUUGUCUGUAUAGAUUGCAGAAAGUGGUCAACUAAUGAAAUGUACAAAAUCAAAUGAUGAACAAUUUGUUAGUUGACCAGUUUUUGAUACCUCCACAAACAGCUGAGAUAUAGAGGCUUGCGAAUUGCAGAGUGCCACUCAGGACUGUCUCCACGUAAUCGACAUCAUCAACUGGCGAUUCAUUGCUCAAACCAACUCUGACACGUGGUUUCAGUUCGUCUUCGUCACAAUGUCGCUUCUAAGUAUACACGCGUUGGACGGUCUCGUCAUGUUCUGUUUUCGUACUGAGGCCCGCCCAAAGUGCUCGAAAAUUGCGACGUUCACUUUGACGGGUUGAAUGAACAUUUUUAUAGCAGCCAAAGAGGUCAUCAUGAGAUAUUAUUGAGCUGAAAACAAGAUGAAACGAUACAAAGAAUCUCUAGAUCUUCUUCUGGCCAGAAAGUCUGCACCGUGCUGUUCUUCUUGCUUCGCGGCCGAAUUUCCGGGUGGAACACGUACAUGACCAGUCUGAAAUUGAAGAACUGACUAUUGUGAUUGUGUCCAGCCCGACCAACCCGUCAAGAGCAUGAAUCGAGAGAAGUGACAUCGAGAAAAACGGGUUAAGGGUUCCCUGAUAAACAGUGCGCAGUCAAAGUUGUGGCCGUGGCCUAGAAAAUUCAGGUGAGGGAAAACUCUUCCCUGCUAGCUAUCGAUGACAAAAAAUCACAUGGCCGACGAUUUUUCUAGUCCACUGCCACAACUCCCAACGGUUCCGCGUGAUCCUUCAACAAAAGUGCACGUUUUGAAGUGAACUCACAAUGAACAUAGAUCCGAUUACACGUUUUGUCUAACUUCAAACCGCUGGAUAUGUAGAUUGAUUUCGAGCGGGUGAGAAUCUUUGACAGAUUCAGCUGUUUCCUUGUCACCUGAACGAGGAAUUGGUGAGCGGCAAAACAAAAUCAGAGAACAGAAAGUUGGCCUGAACUCGAUUGAAUUGACCGGAAAUUGGAUUGCUCUCAUUGGAUCAGGAAGCGAGUAUUCAGUUUCAGAGUUCCAUCCGUCCAAACAAACUAAUCAUGGAGACCAAUCUGCGCGCCUCUUCCCGCGGAGAUUUCGAUCGUUCCUUUUCGUAGUCUCUUCUUCCAUUCCAUCUCCUUCGCCAACCUACUCAUUCCCACAGAUGCUUGUUAUUCCAUGUCAUGACAUUCUACUUUCUGCGCACUGGUCCCAGCUCCCAGUCCUUUCUGGCAACUGCGCAGUUUGUGGGGACCGCGUGAGCAGUUGCCGGCUCGGCUGUCCCGCCUGUCUCGGCUGCAUCGUCUUCUUUCGGCGAGCCGUCAUACACGGCUCACAGUAUUUGUGUCUGCGAGACCGAUGCUGUCUCAUCAACUACGGUCGGUUUGUUAAAACAUUGUGCACAAAUUUAUCAGCACGUUGACAAACUUUCCCAUCAGAAUACCGUUCCUCGUGCCGCUACUGUCGCCUUCAAAAGUGCUACAAAAUGGGAAUGAAGGCGUCGGCGGUCCGUCGUCGUGAGUGUCACGGUUCUCAUGACGAGCUCUCGGCGCCUCCGUUCAUGGACAGCCUCGUCAAUCUACAAUCGCGUCAGCUCCUCGAGCACCGUCAUCAGAGCGUGCGUGGCGUCAGACGGGCGGGCGUCGGCGACGUGAACAGCAUGUUCAAGUGGAGUUUCCGGAAUGCGAUCGAGUGGGCGUCGCAGUUCGAACCGUUCCGCCGACUGUCCAACGAGUACCAGAAGUGCAUCAUUUCCGAGUACGGCUUUGCGUUUCUUCUCGUCGAUCAAGCACUUCGGACUAUGAACGAGCGUGUUGGCAGCGGGUAUUGGCUACUUCAGAAUGGCACUUUCAUGCACGAAGACUUUUGUUUGGGUGUCACUGAUGUCAACAAAGAUGCACAAUACUUAGAGUCAGUCUUUAAAUGUCCCGAUGUACCUCAAACAAUUAUUUUCCAGAAAACACCGAGAUUUCGUCGUCUACCUGUUGAAUUGCAUCAAAACACCGCUUGAAACACUUCAAAUUGACGAUUUCGAAGUUGCGACAGUCAAGACCCUUCUUCUUUUUGCACGUAAGCCACGCCUGCUGAAUACUCUCACUCAAAACCGCUUCUAGCAUCAUUUCCGAAGCCCGAUCUGUUUGCAAGCCACCUCGUCCGAAUGACGGAGAUCCGAAAACGAAUUCUCAGCGAGCUAAUGCACUAUUUGCGCGGAAAACAUCGGGAAACGAGCGAACAACGAUUCGGAGAGAUCAUUCUGAUGAUGGGCGAGAUGAGAAGUGCCGUCAAGGAGGUGUACAAUCAAACAAAAGUGUCCGAUCUUUUCCGUUUUCAUGAUUUUCAUCCGUUUGUCAAAAGCUUUUUUAUGUCGUGAAGUAGCACGCAAAAGUUAUGUGCAAUUGCUCUGGAAAUGCCAACAAACUUUGUGUCCAACGGAAGAAUUUUUAUCUUUUUUAGAAAAUUUUUUCAUGAAAUGUGAUCAACUGAGGAAAUGUAUAGCAAAGUGAACUCUGUUCAUAGAAAAAUGAUUGUAAAUCUAGCUUUACAUACAAAAAAGUUAUUCGAGUUGUUGCGUGAAAAAAGGGCUAACGGGGAAGCCGGAAGGACAUUUUCACGGAACAACUCGAAUAACUUUUUUGUAUGAAAAGUUAAAUUUACAAUUAUUUUUCUAUGAGUAGAGUUCACUUUGCUAUACAUUUCGUCAGUUGAUCACAUUUCAUGAAAAAAUUUUCUAAAAAAUAUAAAAAUUCUUCCGUGUUCUUCCGUUGAGCUCGUCCGCUCAACUCUGUUUGCGUCAAGCACACGAGAACAAGCGCUGCUAAUUGGCUUCGUGGCCCGACAAUUCGAUUAGCGUACUUUCCGAUAAAUUCGAUUCCCAACAACUAUAUAUACGAACUUCCUGAGCACAUAAAUAAUAAUCCGUAAUACUUCUUCGUCGUCCUCUCGCCCCUUCUCAAAAGACCUCUUCAAGAGAAGAAAAAGUACGCGCGCAUAUUUCUCCCUUCUUUUUCCUUUCUCGUUUCGUUUCGUUCCAAACACACUUCUUUUUUUUCUCUCGCUCCAUUUUCGAAACCAAUUAUUUGCGGCUUCUCUUUGCCUUUUUCGCCUUCGUUUUUUCUUCAUUCUACUCCAAAAUACUACACAUCACGAGUUUUAAAACGACUUUUUCUUGUUCUUCUCGGUGCCGAAAAAUCGGAGCGCGAACGCAAAAUUUAGCUAAAAACCAAAACUUUGAUAGAGCGCACCUUCUCCAAACUGAAGAGUUUCUUAAUAAAGUUCAAUGAAGCGCGCGCGCGCGCGCGGGCGUAUGGAAGUGUGGUGCACAAAAUUGAUGAAUGAAUGGAUGAAGAAAGAGAAGAAAGAGGCGGAAGAAGGAGAAGUGCCGAAUCAUGCCACCGCCAAAUGAGCAACUUUUAUGGGUGCAGUGCAUUCACAAAUUCAUGGGUUCUUCGAAGAAAGCUUUUUCCGCGAAUUUUACUUGUCCCCGCUGAAAUUGGCCUCAUUUCCCGCUUCUUUUCCCUGAAAAAAACGGUGAUUCGCUCGAAUUCCCUCUCUUGACGAGCAUUUUCUUUCGAAUAGGGCCGCCCGUUAUGCAAAUGAGAUCAGAGCACUUCCGGUGUGUCCUUGGCUCCGUCUCCGCGCUCGCCGCGCUCUCUUUCUCUGGGGAUUUGCACCCGCCCCUCGCCGAGCAUUUCGCCCCCAUUUAGGCAUUCAGUUUGCAACUCUUAUCUGUGCGAACCCGUCUAACUUUUUGCUGUUUUGAUCAUUGUGUUUUUGGAGGUGUUGGGUGUUCAAGAGAAGGAGACAAGUCCACAAAUCUUUUUGAUUAAAAAAAAAAUUUCGCUCUUCCAAAACCGGUCUAUUCUUACAGAUGCUUCCGAGCCUGCUCCUCCUAUUGCUUCUCCCUCUGAGCACACUUUCCCUGGAAUGUUUCACGUGCGGAGUGUUCCUUUCGGCUCCUGAGCCCAUGUGUCGCGGCGAGAUCCGCAACAAUUCGUGUGCGCCGGAGAACUUGGGAUGCCUUUCGAUUAUUGGAAACAAAGCGGUAAGGCUACAAAUUUGCUGUAUAUAGUUUUCUAAACAAAUAAUUAAUUCUAGGAUGGAACUUACUACGUCGAGAAGAGGUGCGCGGAGAAGACGGAUGAUUUGACGGACGGUUGCAUCAACAUUGGCAUUCGCGGGUACGUCUUUUCUUUUUUUAAGCACCAAUUUUGAUUUUUUUUCAGCAUCGCCGCAAGACAAUGUUUGUGCCGGAGCGAUCUGUGCAAUUCGAGCCGCGGCCUUCUGCUCCACACUUGCUUCGGAUUAGCCUUGCUUCGCCUUAUUUAAACGCAGAUUUUGGUGUUCUUAUAGGAAUUUUUUACGGUUGAAUGAAUUUGCCAGAAAUAAAUGUCUAGAUCUUUUAGUUUUAUGCAUAAAAUCUCUGAAAUGUUGGAAGGAAAUUGCGGAGAAGCUGUUUUUGGAAAAACGCGCGUGGAAUGUGGUGCCCGGUACGCAGUGCGCAGUGUUUACGGAAAUGAAGCGAAAACGUUUUUCUUUUCGCGAUUCUUCUCCCAUUUCAACGCUUUUCAAGCUCGCUUUUUCGAAUGUCCUGACCGAAUUUCAGACUUCUAAUCACCAAUUUUUUGUCCUGCAAUACUUUUGUAUCAUUCUUAUCAGUAGGCACUCUAAUUUCUCUUCCAAAAGAUGACCGAGAGAGAUUGUGGACAGGGUCAUUCAAAAAACACGGAAACCGCAUGUGACAAUCACGUGGAGUUCUGUAAAUUCAUUCAAAUUUCGUAAAGCGCGAAGAAAUUGAAAAAAUAUAGGGGUUCUCAGAAAAAAAACCGUGCAGUUUUUCAGAUUUGUAUUUUUCUUCUGUUGUUUUGAUGCGAUUGCGAAGGACUUCACGGCGCAUUUUUCUAGCCCUCAAACGUCUUAAAAUGUACUGUAAUAUUUGAGAGGUUAGAAUCUUCGUUUAGUUGUCUGCUGAAAAGCCGCUUGUUCUUUUUCUACAACAUUCUGGACACAACCCCUACAAUUUUCAAAAUAUUUGUCCGGAACACGCGAAAAUUCGCCAUUUCAUUAAAAAAUUUUCCGGCGGUAAACCCGUAGAAAGGGGUUUUCCUUUUCUACAAACAUCACUGAUGCGUUUUCAAUUCUUCGUCUGACGAUCUCUGACUGACCUCACCAAUCAGACCAUCCUUCUUCUAUUAUCAAUUGUUAUCAGUUGGCAAUUUUACAAAAAAGGAUCCUGAAAGUGUCGUUAAACUGUGUUAUUCGCUCUUAGAGAUCAGCAAUCAGCAAUCAGAUCGGUCCGACUUCCGUAUCAAGUAUCAGCCGAACUGGGAAUCCCCGCGCCGUCCAUCUCCCGUCUCUUUUCGCGCCUCCGUCUCGUCUCCUUUUGAUCUCUCGUCUUCCCGCCGCCACGGACCGCCCUUCUUAUCAUCUUCAUUCCAUCCACAACCCUCCCGUUCACAUGAAUUUCCGCUGCACCGGUCACAUAUUGUUUCGCAUUGUAUUUUUCACAUUUUGCAAGUUCCCACCUCUUAUAGUCCUUUUAUAAACCUGCAAAUUGUCAAAACAAUGUUCCCAUUCUCUUUUUUUCUGCAGGACACGAAGGGUACAAAGGAAAAAAGAGAAGAAUGGCUUCAUCAGUGGCAACCAAGUUUUUGACCGAUCGUGUCGCGCUCGUCACUGCUUCUACCAAGGUAGGAAAUGAAAUUUUCGAAUUAGAACUUCCUGUUCUACACGUGUGACCAUCACGUUCUUCUCAAAUAAAAAAACAAGGCCAAGAACCAGUAUUCUUACAGGGAAUCGGGUUCGCCAUCGCCAAGCAGCUUGGUGCCGCCGGCGCGUCUGUCGUCGUUUGCAGUCGAAAGGAGAAGAAUGUGGACGAGGCGGUCGCGGCGCUCCGGCUCGAGAACAUUGACGCGCACGGCACCACCGCCCACGUCGGCAACAAGGAAGAUCGCACCAAACUCAUCAACUUCACACUCGACCGAUUCGCCAAACUCGACAUUCUCGUGUCGAACGCGGCGGUGAACCCGCACCACGGCGACCUGCUUUCAGUGUCCGAUUCUCAGUGGGACAAGUUGCUCGAUGUGAACGUUAAGUCGGCGUUCGAGCUGACAAAAGAGGCAGUGCCGCAUCUGGAGGCGUCCGGCCGCGGCAACGUGGUGUUCGUCUCGUCGGUGGCCGGCUACUCGCCGAUGAACGACAUCGGCGCCUAUUCGGUGAUGAAGACGACGUUGACCGGACUCAGCAAGUCGCUCGCCCUCAACCUCGCCAGGCGGAACAUCCGCGUCAACACCAUCGCUCCAGGUAUGUUUGGGGUAAUGAAAAGAAAGAUGAUCAGUCAAGGUCUUGUGAUUCAAUUGCACCCGAUGACCCCACGCUUCCCUUUUUGUGACAGCUGUUCUCCGGCCACGCUUCUCGAAAGAGACGUGCGAAAAUAAAAUGUAUUUGAUGAAAAAAGCGAAAGAUAACAACUCUUGAUCUCUGGAAAAAUUGAUAGUGCGAAAUUAGCAACGAAUGCCGUUUUCCAACACUUCUCGGCCCCUUUGAGUACAUUUCGUACUGGAAAGGUAUGGAAGACAGCGUUUUUUUGGCUAAUUUUGCACUCGAGCAGCCAUACUUUUCCCUUUCGCAACCCAAAUGAUGGUUUGACCUGCUCGUCGCGUGCAAAAGCCCACUGUUUGCCCGCGUGCUCUCAAUUGAGCAGCCGAUCACCAGUAGCACGAGGAUCUUUUUAGAGACACACACACACGUUGUGUUUUGUGUACUAAAGAAGCGGCCAAACGCCGAGUUUUCACGUGAUUCGGAUCUCGGCAAGUGCGGGGUGUACCCGAGGGGGGACUAGACUGUUUAUCUGUUUCUGGGGGAAGAAAACGUAAAUCAUGUGACAUUUUGAAUUUAAAAAAAAACGAUUUAGGCAUCAUCCGCACCGACUUCUCGCAGGCGCUCUUCUCCGAUGAAGCCGAGAAGGAGAAGUGGUUGUCGCAGAUCGCUCAGCGCCGAUUCGGAGAUCCGGACGAGUGCGCGGGAGCCGUCGCGUUCCUCGUUUCCGACGAGGCGAGCUACAUUUCUGGCGAGACGAUCGGAAUCAACGGAGGAAUGCAGGCGCGCAUCUAG